GCGGCCCCGGCCCCCGCUCCGGCCCCUGCAGCCUGUAAGGGCGCGGCCAGCGGCACGGGCGCCAAGAAGGCGAGCUCGGGGCUGCGGCGGCCCGAGAAGCCGCCCUACUCGUACAUCGCGCUCAUCGUCAUGGCCAUCCAGAGCUCGCCCAGCAAGCGCCUGACCCUCAGCGAGAUCUACCAGUUUCUGCAGGCGCGCUUCCCCUUCUUCCGCGGCGCCUACCAGGGCUGGAAGAACUCGGUGCGCCACAACCUCUCGCUCAACGAGUGCUUCAUCAAGCUGCCCAAGGGGCUCGGGCGACCCGGCAAGGGCCACUACUGGACCAUCGACCCGGCCAGCGAGUUCAUGUUCGAGGAGGGCUCUUUCCGCCGCCGGCCGCGCGGCUUCAGGCGGAAGUGCCAGGCGCUCAAGCCAGUGUACCACCGCGUGGUCGGCGGCCUGGGCUUCGGGGCUUCACUGCUGCCCCAAGGCUUCGACUUCCAGGCGCCCCCCGCCGCGCCGCUCGGCUGCCCGGGCCAGGGUGGCUAUGGAGGCCUCGACAUGAUGCCGGCGGGCUACGAAGGGGGCGCGGGUGCCCCGGGCCACGCGCACCCUCACCAUCAUCACCACCACCACGUCCCGCAUAUGUCGCCCAACCCGGGCUCCACCUACAUGGCCAGCUGCCCGGUGCCCGCGGGGCCGGGGGGCGUCGGAGCAGCGAGCGGCGGCGGCGACUACGGUCCGGACAGUAGCAGCAGCCCGGUGCCCUCGUCGCCGGCUAUGGCGAGCGCCAUCGAAUGCCACUCGCCCUACACAAGCCCCGCGGCGCACUGGAGCUCGCCCGGCGCCUCGCCUUACCUCAAGCAGCCGCCCGCGCUGACGCCCAGCAGCAACCCAGCGGCUUCGGCCGGCCUGCAUGCCAGUGUGCCAUCCUACUCGCUGGAGCAGAGCUACCUGCACCAGAACACCCGCGAGGAUCUCCCAGUGGGUCUGCCCCGUUACCAACAUCACUCCGCUCCAGUGUGCGACAGAAAGGAUUUUGUCCUCAAUUUCAACGGCAUUUCUUCUUUCCACCCCUCGGCCAGCGGGUCCUACUAUCACCAUCACCACCAGAGUGUGUGUCAGGAUAUUAAGCCCUGCGUCAUGUGAGUUAACGGAUGCCACCUCUCCCCUCUCCUCUCCUCUCCUCCUCUGCUGAGGGGCAGAUCGGCACUUUGAAGAGGACAGCAGCGACAGAUGACACACUCCCGUAUGUGCAUGAGACAGCAGUAAGUAGCACCCCCACCGCUUUUAGCAGAACCCCAGGAUCUUCUUCUACCGCUGGAGGAGGGGAGCCCUAGGCAGGUAACGUCCCAAACCAGGGAGAGCCUGAAGCCAAACCAAGGAGAUGGUGGAAAAUUGCCACGCGUAAGACACAAACUCGUAACUCUGGGAUCUUCAUUGCCUUCUGUAAUCAGGGUCUGAAAAAGCAGACAGGUCGUGUGUAUGUGUGUUUUUCUUUAUCUAUGAAAAACUUGUGUGCUUUUCAAAAAGGCAGUGUGCAAAGCACAGGCGCUCAAGAAAGCCUUAUCCCGCCGCCCGGCUGGCUAGGCAGGAGAGUGGCUCGGCCCAGACACCCCGCUUGGAUACAGGUGCCAAAGAACACUAUGAAGAGACCAUGUAGAACCAACGCGUCUAGUUUAAGAAACCUGUUCUCAGUAUUGUGACAGUACAAUGUUUUUACAAGGUUGUUUUCUACCACCAUAUUCUAAAGAUAUUUUUAUGAUCUUCGUGUAUACUCACACUUUGCUUGUAUUUUAAAAGGAGGAUAUAUUUGCACUUAUGUAUACUUUUACAGUUUGCCAAAAUA